AUGGAAUAUGGGUAUCAGCAUUGUGAGCAGUAUUACAAAAAUAGAAUAAAUAAGAAUAUGAAUUCAUUUUUACAAAGACUUGAAAAGAGAGAAAAUAAACUUAUUAAAGAAGAUAGAAUUGAGAAACUGGAAGUUUCAGAAGAAUGUAUAGAAGAGCAUAAAAAGUACGAAGAAAUUCAAGUUAUAGACAGUUUUAUCAAAUUUGCAAAA